AUGGUGCUCAAGUCCAGAAUCAGAUCAACAUGUGAAUACAUCUGCUCUCAAUUUAAGUUGAGAGUUGUGAAACUUGAUCUAUCCCUUAAAAGCUGUGAUCUCACUGGAGGCCAGCGAGCAAAGUGCACGCUGCGCACUGGAGCGGGCGCCGAAGCCGCGGAGGAGGCGCGGGAGCCGCGCAGGCACCGCGGCGGCGAGAUGCCCUCUUACCCUGAAAUCGCCAUGCGGGAGAGCGGCCACUGGGAUGAGGUGACUUUACAGCCAGGAGACUAUGUCAAGAAAAAAACGCUCCAGAAAUACAAGAUCAUCUGCAUCGUGCUGCUAGUUGCUUUGGUGGUUAUGUCCCUGGGACUAGGUCUUGGACUGGGACUUAAACAUGGAGACCAAGAGCAAGUCAGCUGCAGACACAAAUGUAAUGAGCCAUUUAGGAAAGAGCUGUCAGGCUGCCAGUGUGACAGUGGGUGUAAGGAGCGUCAAGACUGCUGCUGGGAUUAUGAAGAUACCUGCGUGGAACCAACACAAUCUUGGAGAUGCACUAAUUUCCGUUGUGGUGAGACACGGUUGGCUGGAAGUUAUUGCUCUUGUUCUGAUGACUGUCUGCAAAAAAAAGACUGUUGCGUAGACUACAAAAGUGUUUGCAAAGGUGAAACACCUUGGGUGGAAGAACCAUGUGUAUCACUUGAAACUCCUCAGUGUCCAGAUGGGUUUGAUUUGUCACCACUUAUCCUUUUCUCAAUGGAUGGUUUCAGAGCAGAGUAUUUGCAAACUUGGAGUUCUUUACUGCCAAAUAUUGAGAAACUUC